UCGCUCUCGUGUGCGAUGGCUGCUGCAUCGAGUGAAGAAAGGGAACUGUCGUGCUCCAUCUGUCUCGAGUUGUUCAACCUGCCCGUGGGGUUACCCUGCGGCCACACGUUCUGCAAGGCGUGCGUGGAGCGUCACUUCGCGGCGCAAUCGGAGGUCGGCUUCACCUGUCCCGAGUGCCGCGAGGUUUUCUACCGGAAGCCGAGGCUCAACAAGAACGUCUUCAUAGCCAACGUCGUGCACAAGUUCAAGGAGGCGAAUGUGGGCAGGAGGUGCGACCGGCAUGGCCAUGGCCUCGACCUCUACUGCAGGACCGACGCGCGGUUGAUGUGCGUGGAGUGCACGGACGCGCACGAGAAGCACGACAUCGUGUCCGUGCGGAAGGAGCGCGCACACAAGUGGGGGCAGCUGAGCUCAGUUAAAGAUCGACUGAGCGAGAGAGAGGAGACAGCAACUUCGUUCGUGAGCAGCCUCCAGGACUCGACCGACAGAGUGGAGGCAGCAGCAGAGCAGAUAAAGGAGAGGCUGAGCGGCAGCUACGACGAGCUCCUGCGCCUCAUCUCCGAGGACAAGGAGUCGGCGCUGCGGGCCGUGGAUAAGGAGCGCGACCUCAAGCUCUUGGGGAUCUGCCGGGAGAUUGAGAAUAGCCGGACGACUCUGGGCGGCCUGACAGAAGCGCUCGGCAGAAUCCGCAGCCUGGAGGAGACCGAGGACCCCGUGGAGUUUCUCGAGGGCUACACUCUCCAAUGGGAAAGCUUCGUGAACCUGGCAAGUGAGCCAAUGGAGGAGACACCGUCUAGCGCUUCGCUCGACUUCGAGAUGCCAACUCCACUGCAGGAGCAGAUAGACGAGCUCCUGAGCGCAUUCAGAACCUUCAGAGGCGAGGACCCUACAUCAGCAGACCAGCCCAAACCCAAGACUCCUGAGGGGAAUACAGCUCAAGUGCAGCGGAGGUCACCUCCAGUUAGUUUGCGGGAGAUGGCAGCUCCACAUGAAGUUCAAGCAGCUGGAGCAUCUGCACAACCCACAGCCUCUCUGCACGGCCUCAGCAGAGCUGACAUCAUCAUGAGAAUUGGAUGCUCGCCAACUCUGGAUAUAAACUCAGCCCAUGACCGUCUCCUGAUUUCCUCGGAUGCCAGGAUGAUGACGGUGACCCAUGACUCACAGGGCCGCCUCGAUCACCCAAACCGCUUUGAUCACUUCACACAAGCCCUGUGCUGCCAGAGCUUCUCAGGGGGUGAGCACUACUGGGAGGUGGACGUGGGGGGUGCUCGCUGGUGUCGGGUCGGAGUCGCGUACGGCACCAUCCCGCGGAAAGGGAAAGAUCCUGCAUGCUUCUUGGGAAUGGGCGAUGCAUCCUGGUGCUUGGAGAAACACUGCCACUACUUUUCAGUGAGUCAUGGUGGGGUAGAGGCCACGCUGCUGAUGAUGGAACCUCCCGGGAGAAUCGGCGUUCACUUGCACUGGGAUGGGGGCCUUCUGGCGUUUUACCGCACGGACACUAUGGAGCUGCUCUACGCAACUCACCAACCAUUCACUCAUCCGCUUUAUCCAGUGCUGGGGGUGUGGGGGUUGAGUGAAUCUGUGAGGAUCUUAACGCCGCAUGACAGUGCCUAAGAUGUCAUGCGACAUGAAACAGCGGCCGUCCAGGAGUACCAAAAAAUGAUCGUCAACCUGUACCUUCCGAUACAUCAGGACAUAAACCCAGUGCUGCCUAUUCACCUAAAAUCACGCCACCCCUUCUGGAUCACAGCAGCCACAAAUAUAAAUGAAGGCAAGAGAUGGAAGCAAGUCUGGACUGUGGCUGAUGUCAGAAAUAAACAUCUCGUAUGGGACCCUACAAUUGAACCUCCCAGUUUAAACCUUCCACACCGCCAAUGGUCGACCAUCAACCAAAUCAGGGCCAAGGGGCGUGUGGCCGAUGCGGCCACCUGAUGCAUAAACGGUGCAUCAAAGAUUCGGCGGCCUGCGAGUGUGCAGCUGUUGUGUCUUAUAACUAACCACACGGAGACGUCUGCUAAAGGCAACACGAUUAUUAUAACAACUCUUGUCUCGGCCUCGCUGUGCGAUGCGUUGCAUCACUAUCCGAGUAGAUAACCUCGCAUCCAAUAAACCAUCAGAGCCAGGAUGAAAAUCCGACUCCAAACGUAUUUAAUGAAUUGAACGAUGUAAAACUGAUGGAAAAACACAGCACAAAUACAGCAUCUGUUAAUACUUGGAAAUAUCAAUACAAUGAAUGAACACUACAGCAUCAUAACAUUGUCUUAGACAGUGGCGGCUCCUGCAAAAUCUCUCAGGGGGGGCAAAUGUCUGGAUGAUUGAUAAGGAUAAGGUCCACCCAUGCAAUGGAUACAUUAACAGCUUAAGCAUGU